CCACAUCAACACCAAAGAGGUCGCAAUAUUUCCGCGUUUUCGUAGCUUUUUUUUCGCAGGAAAAUCCAACACUUGUCCCAUUUAUAGAUUCUGAAUCUCUCUCUUCUCUCUCACUUCGGAUUUCUAGGCUUCUGUCUGUUUAUCAUCGGAUCAUCCCUUUACUCUCUUUAGCUCUCAGUGGCAUUUGUUUUUUCAUGUGUUUGAUUUAGUUCAGGAAGGUUGACUUCUGAUUACAUUAGUGGUGAGAAAGUGCAUUUGAUCUAUCAUUAAUGUCUUGAUAUCCAAGAGCAGUUUGGGUUGUCUCUCGAAGAGAGAGGGUACUGGUUCGCGGAGCCAUAGUAGUUUCUGCGAGCUUGGGGUCCUCUCUCAUCUUCCGGUGUUAUCUUCUUGUACUUAUUGAUACAGGAUCUUCUUCCUUUGUUUGUUCCCUUACCACAGCUGAGCUUCAUUGAUGAGAUUUGAGAAAAACAGUGGAGGGUUUUAGGUAUUUAAAAUAAGUUGAAGCUGGUGUCAUGGGUGCUGUUUGUUGCUGUUUGAGUGAGGACUGCGAAGAUUAUGCUAAUCCGAACAGUUCUGUUUACAGGAAUUGUAUAUGCCUUCGUUGCUUUCUUCAAAACGUCUUACAUGUGUAUACUUCGUUGUUUCAAAGAGGGGAAGAACACUCUGUCCCUGCAUCCCUUCAGGGAACAGCAUCUUUGAGUUCGACAUCAUCACUUGACAAUUCUCUAUCUGAUAUGUACCGCUCUCCUCCUAGGCCCUUGCCAUAUGAUACUGAUCCCAGAUAUAUCCGCCUUCAACGGGAUGGACUAGUCUCGAGAAGGGAGAAAGGCUCAAGUCAUUCAAAUGAGGAAACUGAACCACUGAGAAGAAAUGAUAUUGAUGAAGAAUCUGAAUAUUUGAGUACUGGAAACAAAUGGAAGGAGACUACAUGUGAAGAAGGUUCAAAAGAGUAUAAUUCCAAGUCUUCACUGAAGCUCUCCAUUGCAAAGAAAACAACUGGUUUUGCACAUAUUUAUACUUCUUCCGAAGAUGAAGAUGUCUGCCCAACAUGUCUUGAAGAAUACACCACAGAGAACCCCAAGAUAAUUACAAACUGCUCUCAUCAUUUCCACCUUGGUUGCAUAUAUGAGUGGAUGGAGAGAAGUGAAAACUGUCCAGUUUGUGGCAAGGUGAUGGUAUUCGAUGAGACGACUUGAUCUUACUCAGUAUACUCCUGUCGUGGAUGAAACCAGCAACAAACGUGAAAUGGGGAAAAGAAAACCAGAAACAGAACGUGUAAAAGCCAUGGCGAAUAUCGCAUGUUAAAACUGUGUCGUAUAUAAUAAAUGUGAAUUGUUCAGUAUCACUUUGUUACAUUACAGGUUCUCUCAAAAGAAAUUAAAAAAAAAAAAUUGGUUACAGGUUUAUUUUCUUGUAAGCUCUUGCUUUUCCUUUAUCCUUUUCAUUUACACAGGAGAAAAGUUUCAGGAGUACUGUUUCAUACCGUGGGGGAGAAUUUCACCUUCAUUGAGUAGGUAGGUUUAGGUUUAGGUUUAGGUUUAUGGGU